AUGCCUAGAGACGACCUCUCCAUCGACUUCGUCAGGAAGAUGCCGCCAGCCGCCGAGCUCGACCCAUCAAUAAUCCUCGACGAAUGGAUUCACAACACCCAGAACCUCCCCGAGGAGAUCCGCUUCAUGCAGGACGAGAUCGCCGAGAAGGACCGACAGUACGACAAGCUGGUGAAAGAGAUCGAGAAAAACGACGAGCGCAUCCAGAAAUUCAUCAAAGCCAACGGCAGCUUCCAGCCGAACCCAAAGGAGGAAGAAUACCGCGCCACCAUCCUCAAGAACUUUGAGCUCGCCGAGCAGCUGUCCAAGGAAAAACUCGAGCUCACCCGAAAGCUCCAACACACCUUCGACAAGCAUCUCCGCGCCCUCGACAAGCAGAUCAAGAUUCUCCACGACCGCGGCGACCCCGGCUUCACCGACCCCGACGAGCUCCCCUCCCUCGUUCGCGACAGCGCCGCCAACAUUACCAGCACCCCGACCGUCCUCCGCCCCGUCAACGGGAACCACCCCAUAUCCACUGCCCUGAACGGCCUCGCAAACGGCGGCACUGGCCCCAACGGCGGCGGCGCUGGCCGAACGAACCAGCUCCGCAACGUCCCGCAGCACAACUCGGCCUCAGCGCCCGCCACGCCCGCCGCGACUAUAAUCCUCAACCAGCAGCGUGCCCGCGAGAGCUCUGCCGGGCCAGGAGGAGGAGGCGGCGCCGCGCGCAAGGGUGCCGUCCGCUCCAACAGCGGUCUAAACCUACAAACAAGCGGAAUCGGCCGGCACUCCUCUCUAGGACCAGGCACGCCCAAAUCCUCCACAACCUCGGCGGGCGGUGGUCAACGCGCCGGCAGCGCUGGGCCCCGCGGCACAGGCAAGGCUUCAGGAGGCGGUAGCACCAGUCGCAAGUCCGUACCCUCUGGUAGUUCGGCCGCCUCCCGUAAGAAGGGCAGCAGCGUGCCCACCGCCGGCAGCGGUACUGGACCCGGCGGUGCUUCCGCCAACGGUCCCUCAGGUAGCUCAGGCCAUAAAUCCUCCCUCUCCCGCGUGCUCAAGCGCGCCGGCACUGGUACCAGUAGCGGAGCAAAGAACAGUCCCAACUCGACCUCCCGCGCCAACUCAACAGGCGACAGCGACCUCUCAGACGCCGACUCGAACCUCUCCGGCUCAGACACCGAUCACCGUCGUAUCGGCGGUGGUGGCAGUGGUCAAACAGGCCGUAACACCCCUCUCGGCUCUCACUCCCGCUCCGCUUCCCAUCACCAUCACACCUCCUCCUCCUUCUCCCACAAAGACGACCUCUCCCACGGCGGCGGACACCACACAGGAGGUCACCACCCCUCCUCCUCCCUCGCCUCCAACGGCGGCGGUCACAGUCAAGGACAUUUCCAACCCCGCACCUCCCUCCCCGGUCCCCCCGGCUCCCACUCCCACUCCGUUUCUAACCACAACCGCAACCGUUCCACACAUCACCAGCUCCAAGAAAUGCAUCGCUCCCCCUCCCUCUCCGGCCGCAACAUCCACUCCAACAGUCAUAACCAAACCCAUCAAAACCCUAAUCUAUCCGACGACGAAAUGGACCUAGACGACAACGACAACGACCAAAUGGAAAUGGAACUAGACGACGAAGAAGCCGGCGAUGACAGGAAAUACUGCUUAUGUCAGAACGUUUCGUUCGGAGACAUGGUGGCGUGCGACAAUGACGAGUGUCCUUAUGAGUGGUUCCAUUGGAGCUGUGUGGGAUUGAAGAGCGAGCCGAAUGGGACUUGGUAUUGUCCUGUUUGUGCGAAGAAUAUGGAGAGGGGGGGUGGUGGUGGUGGUGGGAACCAAAAUAGCCAGGGACAGGGAGGAGGAGGAGGAGGAGGGAGGGGGGAUGGUGGUAAUAGUCAGGGGAAGAAGAGUAGUAGUAGCCAGGGAGCGGGAGGGGGGCUGAGUAGUCAGGGUGGAGGAGGGCAGUGA